GCUCAACCGCUGAGCCACGCCCGGCCGGGCUGGAGUAAUUUUAUCUUUGAUGAAAAUUUCAUUUUAAAACAAAGUUGGGCAGAAUACUGCUGGCUGGUUAUAAGGAAACCAUUUUUAAAAAUUAAAUUUCAUUUGACAUAAACAACCUUGGGUGAGAUUUUAAUGUUUUCAGACGGUUAAGACACUGCUUCAUUCUGGGUUUGCAUUGGAGAAGGAAAUACUCUCUCGAGCUGUUGCAUCUGAUUGUAAUGUGUACAAACAUACAUGGCAGUUCUUGUUCUCCUAGGGCUUAUAGUCAGUGUUUAAUGAAUUUAGAUCAUUUUUAAUGUGACAUAAUAGUUAAUUAAAUGUUGAAAUCCUUUUCUAAAAGUUACAUUGUCUGCAAAGUUCAUGCAACUUAAGUGAUUUCUAAAGAUCAUCUACUCUUAGGUUUCACUUUACUAUGAGGAAAUUGAGGCUGAAGGCAGUUUUUACUUGUGUAAAGUCAUGUGUUACUUCUAGAAGAACAUUGUCUGUAUGGAGAUCUGGGUUUAAAUCUGUAGGCCUCUGACUUGCUUAGUAAACUUGGGCAAAGUUCCCCACUUGACUUUUUAUACCUCCAUUCUAUAUAUGCAAGGUAUAAUAAUAAUGCCUGCCGUAACAUUGUGAAUCUGAAGAUGAAAGAUAUAUAAAAAAUAUUGCUACAUAGUGUGUAUAUCAUAAAUAAUCAUUAUUAUGGUAGUUAUUUUUUAUUUAUUAUUCCAUUCCCAAAUGUUGAAUAGAAUUGGUAAUCACCGCUUCUCAUAAUGACAGAUUCUUUUUAUUACAAAAGUAGCUUGUUUGAAAUGUAUAUCACUUGUUUGAAGUUUUUAUAUUAUAAAAAGAUACAAAAAUAAAAGUGAGAAUCUUCUCAUUCCCUCCAAAUCCUGUAAUGUAAAUGUUAUUGUUUUAUUAUAUAAAAUUACAUAAUUAUGAAAACUUAUAAAUAAAUAAAUAGUGAAAGUUGAAAAGAUUAUAUUAUUUUAAAAUAAUACAGAGUUAUAUUAUUUAAAGUUAUUGUGUUAUUUGCAUUGUUUAUGACAGAUUCUUAAGCACUGAGAAUGAAUAGCAUUUAAGGGGAGCAUAAGAAUUUAUAAGAAAUACCUCUUUGACUUUCAUUAAAGUAUGAUAUUGCAGGUUUUAUUACAGUAGAAAUAUAAAUAGACCAUAUAGUAACUUUGUAAAUCCAGAUUACCUGUUCGUUAGGAUAUUAUUCACUUACUGCUUUGAAGGCAUUAGAUGCGACCGACCUCGACUUUUUAAAAAAGGAAGAGCCCUGCCCUACUUAAGGGUUGAUUGAACAUUGAAAGCUUUUCUACAUUUUAUCUUUGGUUUUAGAAAGUGAUUUAAUGAAUCAUGAGGCCUACAAGGUGUACUUACCUUAACAAUUUUAUUAAUGAAACGUAGUUGUCAGCUAAGUGGCUGAAACCCUUUGAUCUAAGGCACACUAAGAAAAUAACAACACUAUGUUAUUUAAAAGGUCAUUUCUUACACUGAGCUCAAAGGUUAUAUUUAUGAAAAAUGUUCUUUUCACAUCUUCUAAAAGAGUUGGAAUACACUGAAGAACCCCAGUAAAUUCAGUAGGGGGAGGGUAUAUUACAUAUUGAAUUCCCUGCUUAACCUGAGGCGCAAGCUUAAUAAUAAUUGUAUUUGUGAUGAUUUUAGUUUGUUUUUAACAUGAGGAUUAUUUCAAACUAAUUGUAAUUCAGAAUUUUCAAUGAAUAUUACCCCCUGAUCUACAAAUAAUUUUGAUAAUCAAUUUUCAUAAUUGGAACAUUGUCCUUAAGAAGAAAUGAUUUCUUAUCAGAAGUGUAAUAAUCAUGUCAGUGAUAAGAAACAUUGUCUUUGGGUUUUUUUAAUAGUGAAAAAUAUAUUACACAUUUAUGGUUGUGUGGUGAGUGGCAUAUCUCAGGCAAGUAUUGUAGUGGUAAGUGAUUGGGGAAAAAAGUGCUUUUCUUUUCAGGUUUUGAGAUCACCAUUGAACACCCACACACAGAUGUGGUGAAAUGUACCCAGUUAGUAAGAGGUAAGUGAUCUUUGAAACUUUUAAAUUAAGUACAGUAGUAAUGAUUUUUAUUGUCUAUAAUUGAUUUGAAUGCUAUUUUGUUCUUACAGCCUUUUCUUGAAUUUUAUUAAAAUAAGGGAAAUGUCAUUUUGAAGCAUUACUUUUCAGUGUUCCAUAUCUUCCUCUUCAUCUACUUCUAUUUGUGGUUCUCCCAGUCAAUUAGCUUCCUUUACACUUCCACUUCAGCAAGUCUCAUUUCACUGAAAAGUUGGAGGGCUUCCCAAUAUUAGGACUCUGUCUACCUCCCCAUUGGGCUAUGCCUGUCCGAUUUCAGUUGAUAUUUAAGAUGGAGGCCGUUAAUACAUGGGUGCAGAAAAUAGUAAAAAUUUUUUAUUUAUGUCAGAAAUUUUCACUGACUUCUUGAAAAGAUUACAGUAUAAGAAUUUGCAAGUCAACCUCAGAUUUUAUUCUAUAAAAAUUGCCUUUCUUUGCAGAUUUGCCAUGUUUGCGAAUGUUUUGCCCGUGUUCAUUUGAACAAAAUUGGUUUUAUAUAUUUUUCACAGUUCUUUAGUAUUACUAAAAAUGGUUUCCUUUUUGUGUAUAAUGAGGAAUUAUUUAUACAGCUUGAUACAUGGUGUAUGCUGUGGCUGUUACACCUUUUAUAAACAGGAGUAGGAAGCUUUUGUAUUUUCUGCUUUACUGCUUUAAAGCAUGUGGUACACAUUUUUCUAUUCUUGUUAAUGAAUCCUAUAUACCUGCUGUAUUCCUACAAAUAUUUCUUACACAGUUGCAUGUUGUUAUACUACUACUUCUAUUUUCUUGUUUCCCAUUAGAAGUGUUACAUACUAGUAACAACCUCUUGGAAUCUUUAGUUUGCCUUUUUCUCUUACUUCCAUUUUGAAAAUUAAAUUUUGCAGUUUCAUUCUUUCACCACCAGACUUCUUUAGGAUUAUUCUAAACAAAAUGGGUAAGACUUUUGAAGGCUUUGUUUUGUUUUUUUUAGUGUUUACCUAAAUAUUCUCACAUUUUAUUCAUUCUAAAUUGAAUUUAUUUUAUACCUAGGUAGGAUUUUAUUAUGUUAUGGCUACAUUUUAAAAAAAAGAAAAGAAAAAGCUCUGUUAUCUGACACCACAAUGCCACAGUGUUUUGUUAAGAUCUGGACCUCUAAAAAUGGUGUUUAUAUAUUUUUUAUCCUAAUAGCAUAUAUUAAUUAUCACUUGUAAACUAGAACAUACUUAAUUCCUGUUCUUUGUUGUUAUAUGAGUAUAUUUUAUAGCACAUUCUCACCCCCAGUAUUACAGUGUGGUAUAGAUUUGUAUGGAUAACUUUGUAGAUGUUGAAUUAAGAAAAAAAAUCUGAGAUAGUAGUUCUGUUUUCCUACAAACUUGAAAAGGGUAAACUGUUUUGUCAGACUAAUGGAAAGCCACUUAAUUUGUUUUAAAUUGAGUCUGAUGAAAAAAGAUAUUAAAGGAGGAUAUUAAUAUGGGUUAAAAUAAUACUUUGAUUUAGUAGGAAUUGAAACUGGAGUUUCAGCUUAGUAUUGUGAAGUUUUAGCUUUUUAAAAAUCCUUUUUUACUUUAUUAAUAUUUUUGUACGUUGUCCUAUAUCUAAAGAAGCUAGAGACAUAAAGAACAUAGAUUUGCAAAGUUGAAUAGUAAAUUUUAAAACAUUUACAAAAAUUACAAGUUUGAUAAAUCAUCCAAAGCAAAAUAUUAGAAUAUUUUUUGUUAAUGUUUAAAAUGUGACUGAUUCUUAAAUUUUAGUACAGAUCUUAUGUAUGUUUAACCCCCUUUUGUCUGACUAACAUUUCAAGUAACUAGGGUUUGUAUCUCACUCUAUUUAAUAAAUUUUCUUUCAUGUUUGGUUUAUUUUCUCUAUUAUAAUUUUUAGCUAACAAAAGAACAUUUUCCCUCCAUUCUUCUGUUGCACAGUGAUGGGUUAUUGAAUUUAGAUAUAUUCUGAGGUGAAAACUGCAAUGCAAUUAAAAUUUUCUUCUCUGCAUAUUUUGAGUCUUUUCUGAAGGGGAUAAAUGGUUCGGCUUCUUUAAAGCCCUUUACCGCCUCCUUUUCCCCCCAAGAGAAAGCUGGUAUUAUGCUCCUUUGCUGCAGAAUUGACCUUUCACUUCUCUGAUGGAAAAAAUGCAAUAAUUAAGUCACACUGUCUCCAAGACAGCUCAUGCUUUGCACUCUUCCUUAGCACGACUCUGCGAAGCCCAAAUCCCUUUUUAAAAGAUUCACAUGGGCAGCAGGGAUUACAGGUGCUACAGAUAAAAAUAGGAGGGGCAAGAAUUUGGAGCCUUUUAGAGAGGGGUGAGUUGAGCGGAACUGACCCUAGUUGAAGCAAAGGGGAAAGGGAUGUCAGGGCCGAUGAGAGUGAUUGGAGGAGGUCACCCAUAGCAGAGGCAUCCCUGCUGGGAAGAGAGAGAAGCAGAACGGGCCGGGCUGUUUUCAAUUUGUGUCUUAAUUUCAAUUUGGGGGUUGGGGGGGUAUGUUGAAGCAUCCUGAUUCCCUCUAGAGCACUGUACUCAUAUCUAAAGUUAUUAUUAAUUGGAAUCUAUAAUUUUUAAAAAACACAGUGGAGUUUCCUAUAUCUAUGUCCUUACAAUGUUUCUAGGUUGUUUAUUCUGUUGAUGCUUUUAGUAGCAUGAUGAAAAAUUGAGCGGUUGUGCUCUCAGUUUGGAGGGUGGGGGCUUGUUUUCUUUUAUUUUGAUGGAAGUACUAGCCAAUUUAAUAUGACUGAGGAUUAAGUCUGGCAGGCAACUCUGUAUUUUGUAUUAGACUUCAAAAUCUUUUCUUCUUCUUCCUCUUCUUUUUUUUUUUUUUUUUUAAAUCCAGGAGAAUGCUUUAUUGCAACUUUUAGCUGACUAGAUGCUUAACUUAGUAACAAGUUUAGCCCUUGUAACUGGCUAGCUAAAAGCAAAUCGGCUUGUUUCUCAGAUCUUUGGGGGAUAGCAAGAAACAUUUGAGUGAAUGUUGUUGAAGAUUUUCAGUAGUAUAGAAAAUGAUGGCGCUCUUGUGAUAUUUCAAGCAAGGAUUUGGCACAGACAUCCUAUUUCAUGGCUACCAACAGUCUACAUCUUACCACCUUCUGUCUUCAGUACAAACCAACAGUGAUAGCAUGUGUAUGCAUUCAUUUGGCUUGCAAAUGGUCCAAUUGGGAGAUUCCUGUGUCAACUGAUGGAAAACAUUGGUGGGAAUAUGUGGAUCCUACAGUUACUUUAGAAUUAUUAGAUGAGUUAACACAUGAAUUUCUACAGAUACUGGAGAAAACGCCUAAUAGGUUGAAGAGGAUUCGAAACUGGAGGGCUAAUCAGGCAGCGGCUAAGAAACCAAAAGUAGAUGGACAAGUAUCAGAAACACCACUUCUUGGUUCAUCUUUGGUCCAGAAUUCCAUUUUAGUAGAUAGUGUUACUGGUGUGCCGACAAACCCAAGUUUUCAGAAACCGUCUACGUCAGCAUUCCCUGCACCAGUACCUCUGAAUUCAGGAAAUAUUUCUGCUCAAGACAGCCAUACGUCUGAUAAUUUGUCAAUGCUAGCAACAGGAAUGCCAAGUACCUCAUACAAUUUGUCAUCACACCAAGAAUGGCCUCAACAUCAAGAACCAGCAAGGACAGAACAGAUAUAUUCACAGAAACAGGAGACAUCUUUGUCUGGUAGCCAGUAUAACAUCAACUUCCAGCAGGGACCUUCUCUCUCACUGCAUUCAGGAUUACAUCACAGACCUGACAAAAUUUCUGAUCAUUCUUCUGUUAAGCAAGAGUAUACUCAUAAAGCAGGGAGCAGUAAGCACCAUGGACCAAGUUCUGCUACUCCUGGAGUUAUUCCUCAGAAGAUGUCUUUAGAUAAAUACAGAGAAAAACGUAAGCUAGAAUCCCUUGAUCUGGAUGUCAGGGAUCAUUAUAUAGCUGCCCAGGCAGAACAGCAACACAAACAUGUGCAGUCACAGGCAGCCAGCAGCAGCUCUGUAACUUCUCCCAUUAAAAUGAAAAUUCCCAUCACAAAUGCAGAAAAACCUGAAAAAUAUAUGGUAGAUAAGAAGGAAAAAAGUGGAUCAUUGAAAUUACGAAUCCCAUUACCACCCUCUGAUAAAAGUGCCAGUAAAGAAGAACUGAAAAUGAAGAUAAAAGUUUCUUCAGAAAGGCACAGCUCUUCUGAUGAAGGUAGUGGGAAGAGCAAGCAUUCCAGCCCACACAUUAGCAGAGACCAUAAAGAAAAACACAAGGAACAUCCCUCAAACCGCCACCACCCCAGCAGUCACAAGCAUUCCCACUCGCACAGCGGCGGCGGCAGUGGCGGCAGUAAACACAGCUCCGAUGGAGCGCCGCCCACUGUUCUGAGGAGUCCUGUUGGCCUGAGCAGUGAUGGCAUUUCCUCUAGUUCCAGCUCUUCAAGGAAGAAGCUGCAUGUCAAUGAUGCAUCUCACAACCAUCACGCCAAAAUGAGCAAAAGUUCCAAAAGUUCAGGUAGUUCAUCUAGUUCUUCCUCCUCUGUUAAGCAGUAUAUAUCCUCUCACAACUCUGUUUUUAACCAUCCCUUACCCCCUCCUCCCCCUGUCACAUACCAGGUGGGCUACGGACAUCUCAGCACCCUCGUGAAACUGGACAAGAAGCCAGUGGAGACCAACGGUCCUGAUGUCCAUCACGAGUACAGUACAAACAGCCAGCAUAUGGACUACAAAGACACAUACGACAUGCUGGACUCGCUGUUAAGUGCCCAAGGAAUGAACAUGUAAUCAUUUGUUUAGGUCAAUUUUUCCUUUACUUUUUUAAUUUAAAAAUUGUUAGAAUGGAAUCCUCCUGAUCUAGCAGUGGUAACACCUGCUGUUGCUGCCACUGUUUCAAUAUUUGUAAGUGCUGCUUUAUUCUCUUAAAAGAAGAGAUUAUAGUAAACAAGUCUUUCUCUCCACAUAUGAUAGUGUUAUAAAUACUGUAAAAGCAUGGAAGGUGCAAAACUCAGUAUUUCUACAAUUGCAGCUAAGAACAUUAGGAUGAAUGGCUGGCUGCUUCUAGGAAUAUAAUAUGCCUCAAGCAUUCGUUAUUUAUAAUUUGAAUACUGUAGCUAUCUUAUUUUUUUGUUGCUUGGCUUUUGAAUGAGUGUAAAUUGUUUUCUUUUGUGUAUUUAUACUUGUAUGUAUGAUUUGCAUGUUUCAGUGUUAAAGGGAUAAAACAGUAUACUGAAAACUGUUUACAAGAAAGUGGAGAAAAAUGUACAUACAUUUUUGUAUGUUUAGAUAUUACCAUAAAUACUCAGGAUUGGAGCUGCUUGUAAGUAUAACAAUAUACAGAAUAACUUUAUUUUAUCUCGUCAGAGUCCAUCACUAAUCUAAAACAAAGGCGGCACUUUUUCAUGUUAACCUUAAACUCUAGGCCUUACUGGAAGCCUCUGAAGGGGGACAUUCACUACCAGAUGGGUAUGCAGUGCCACACAUGGUCACUACACUGUGAGGCACUGAACUUCUGCCUUCAGAGGUUCUGACCAGAUUGGCUGCUGAAAUAGCCCCUAGUUUUCUGAAGGCUUGAAGAAGAAAAAAUGAAGUUUACACACUCUUGCUGUGAAGUGCAGUUAAAUGUGUGUGGGUCUGUUGCAGUGCUGUAGCAGAGCUGUUAAUAAUGGUUAUGUAGAGUACUGUGAUUUGAAAACUAAAGUCACAAGACGUACAUAGUGAAAAAUUAGUAAGUUUUUUCUUCUUAAAUAAAGAACUUUAACACUACGUAGUUUAACAGUAAACAGGGAUCAUUUCCUUUAGCAUUCAGAAUGACACCAUAUUCUUAAACAUACUCCUCCCCUGAAGCGUGUUUGUGUGUGAUGCCAUAUUUCUUUUUCAGGUAAAUUCAGUCUUCCUUAUAAAAAUAAAAUUAAACCUAUUGCUCUCUCAGUUCUUUUAUAUUCUAACAAUAAAUAAAAAGAAAAGAUCACUGUGCAUUGUACCUGUAUUUAUAGCUUAUCGGGAACCUCUGAGAAAAAGAUGGUCAUCCUCCAGGUAGACAGCUAGUGGAGGUUUACAUUUGUUUGCACAUCUCAGUAUAUUCCUGUUGGGGGCAAAUUGGCACAGUCGUCUGACUUCUGAAUAAGCGGUAAACAUGAACUUGUUUAAAAUUUGUCUUAAACACCAGUAAUAUGGCUCCAGUUUAUCAGUGAGUCUUGUAUUUAUUCUGUGGUAAAUCUUUGAGCUGUUGAGUAUCUUUGAGAUGGGUUGAAUUCAACUUCCUUUGAACUGAAAGCUGUCUUCAUUUUUCCUCUAUGUAUAUGAAUUAUUUUUGUUAAAGCCACUGAUAUGUGCACAAUUGUAAUUUUACUCAAGUAUGUUGCAGUUGUAAAUAUUAGAGUUUAAUCUUGUGCUCUACUUUUAUUUAGCAAUUACCUAAUUUGCCAGUAGCUUUAUAAUUUUUUAAAGAUAAUUGUUGGUUAUUUUGUCAAUGUUAUUUGAAUUUACAAUACUAGGAGCCUCUUUCUAGGGACUUUGCCUAGCUAGCAUGUCCUAACAUUUGUUCUUGUCUUGCAUAACUUUAGUAAUCUUUGUCAUUAUGUGUAACUGUUCUGUAUGGCAUAUUAUUGUAUCCACAAACAUGAUAAUUUUGAUACAGUUAUACUUUGACAGUGGUACAUAAUCCAAGGACUAGUAUAUAGAAUUAAGCUGAGUGCAGAAUGAGGGAGGGAAGGGUUUUGUUCUUGAUAAUUUAGAUGUGAAACCUCUAAGGAACUAUCAUGUGAAACUACAUAGGGUGGUUGUGCUACUGUAUGCUUAGGGAUGAUAAUACCAGGAAUUUUAAUAAGAUUUUGUAAAGAAUAUCCAGAAAAUUAGUGAACUUAUUUUCAGUAUGACAUAGAAAACAAUGUGAAUAUUUAAGGUCUGUGACUAUACUUAAGCUUCACAAAGAAUUUGCAGAAUUGUUUGAGAUGUGGGAAUAAAGGUAAUUUUGUUGAAUCUUUAUUGGUGCUAAUGAUGGACAGUUUAAAAGGUAGCUAGUGUAUAUUGUUAUGGGUCAGUACUUAUUAGUACUUCCAAAAUUGAAUUUAAAAUGCUAUGUAUUCACUUUUCACUCUGUAAAUGUAAAUCUUUACAAUGACUUUAUUUAUUAAAGAGCAGCCAGUUGUAAUUUUUACAGGAUUGUGUGAGCUGUUCAAACUCUUUAACCUCUGAACAGGAUUUUAGCUUCCAAAACCACAGUGGGGAUAAAUAUGGAAAUCCUUUUUAUUCCAUUCAGUGAAAAUCCUUAAAAUUCAUAUUACCAUGAAUUUGCUUUAGCCAUCUCCUCAGCCUGGUCCCAAUAGGCUCAACCAAAGAAAAAGACUCCAGUGAAUGGACAUUAUUACUGAGUCUUCUUGUAAGUAGCCAUAAGUAAACCAAAAUAAUAUCCUCAAAUUUAGGUAUGAAAUUCCACAUGUGCAAAGUACUGUUAAGGUGAAACAUUUUUGAUGAGAUUUUUAAAAAUAUUUGAAAUAUUAAAAAGCAUUAUCUUUAAACAGCCUAUAAAAGAGUGAUUCAUUUUUUAGUUGUGUUUUCCCAAGAUCAUAGAUAGUUACCUUUAUGCAGAAGCACAUUACAUACAAAGGCUUUACUUCUACCUCUUUCAACUAAUUUUCCAAUAUUGAGCUGUGCCCCCUAAAUAUUUGCCUUAGCUACUUUAAGAUACAGUAUUUUCAGAACCAAAGCAAAGGAGUAUCUUUUCACAGAAAUAUUCCUGGAGGCCUGCUUUACGAAACUGGCAGUAGUAUUUUUUACUGAUAAGACCUUGGAAAAAUCCUAGUUCCUUUUUCUUGUUUAACCUAAGGUUCAUUUCUUAUGCAGGUUUUUAAAUACUGAAAAGUCAUGUAAUCUCCCCUAAGUUGAUCUUUGAGUGUAUUUAUAGAUGCAUCUGGGUCUUCCUGUGAAUAUGCAGUAUAUUCUGGUUAGUCCCAAGAAAAUUUCUACUGUGAUGCCUGGUUUUAUGCAGAAUUUUGCGGAGGGGUGCUUACUUUCCUUUGGACCAACAGAUUAUAAUUAUGUAAUGUUAAGAAUCUUCAAUGCCAAAAGAUUUUUUGAAAGAAAGGGCUAGCCAGAGUAAGGACCAGGCCCUGGGACGUGCACCCUAAACCAACCGCAGGGCUCUAUGCUGCCAUCCUAGAGUGGGUGGGGCUCUGUCAUACAAUGAGUUUGGGGAAGAAAGGUGUAAGUUGUUAUGAAAGAAUUCACAUUGGCUCUAGAUAACGGGGCUGGAAAAGGUGAAGCAGGGACAGUUCUAAGACAGGCUGUGAGGGAAACUUGUUGCUUUUGUAUUGGUUGUGGGCUACAGUCUGGAAUAUUCGUGUAUAAACAGGAUGAGGCAUCCUCAGGUGAUGGCUGUUCCCUAGAUAAUCAGGAAUCGCUACCUGGGAGUUCAGUUUCAACAUACAUUCAGGAACAGGAAGUCUCUGGUUUCAGCCCUAGGUUCUGUUUGUUACCUGACUUCCUGUUGCUCCCACCCUCCAGCCUGCUGUAAUUUAAUUAGGAUAUCAGAAUUAUCAGCUUGUCGGUAAGAUACCUUAAUUUUGGCCUGUCUGUCCCCUUGGAACUUAAAGAAAUGACUAGUCGAGGUCUACUUUAGAUAACUAAUUUAAAAUGUUUUUUGUUACUGAAUGCCUUGCCUUAAAAGCAUUUUAAGCACAUUUUUGUUAUAUUUGACCAUUUAAAUUGCUGAUUUUUAUCCCUCAGCCAACCUUAGAAAUAAACCACUGCUUGUAAGUGAACGACUGUUACCUACUCUUUAAGUCCUUGGUUGAUGAGAGAUUUUAGGGCUUCGCAUUUUAUGGAAAUAAGGAAGGUGUUUUUUAAACCUGGUAUUAUCUGUAAAGGAAGAUGGUCCUAUUCUCAAGAUAAUCUCACUCUUCCCAGACUAUCUAAACUGAAAG